AAUACCAGUGUAUUGUUAUUCUCUCUAAGUUUUGGAAUCGUUAAGCUUGAAAAUCAGGGUGAUGUUGCUGUUAUUACCAUGAAUAUCGCAAAUAUGAAGGAGAACGUUCUGAACGAAGCUCUAGCCGGAGAGCUUCAGGCGGCGUUCGAAAAGAUAGAACGUGAUGACUCUGUAAAAGCUGUUGUAUUGAUGUCAGGGAAGCCUGGAAGCUUCGUAGCUGGAGCGGAUGUGGAGAUGUUGAAGAAAGCAAAGAGUGUACUUUUUUCAAGGCAAGCACAAGAACAGUUCAACAAAUUAGAACAGUCGAAAAAACCAAUUGUAGCAGCUAUUAUGGGCAGCUGCAUGGGUGGCGGUCUCGAAUUGGCCAUGGCAUGUCAUUAUCGCAUUGCUGUUAACGACAAGAAGACUCAACUAGCUUUGCCUGAGGUCAUGUUAGGCCUUUUACCUGGAGCUGGUGGGACACAGCGUCUUCCACGUCUCGUCUCAAUUCAGAAUGCAUUGGACAUGAUGCUUACAGGGAAGAAAGUGAAGGCCGAUAAGGCGAAGAAAAUUGGUCUCGUAGAUUCAGUCGUCCAACCACUUGGUGAUGGUUUGGAGUCUGCUGUCAUAACUACUCAUAAGUACUUAGGAAAGGUUGCCGUUGACACUGCUCGACAAUUGGCAAAAGGGUCGUUGAAGAUUAGUAGACAACGUCCACUGAUUGAAAACAUUAUGCAAAAGGUAAUGACGAAUUCAUUCGUGUUGGACAAUGUGGUGAUGAAAAUGGCGAAAGAUAAGGUAAUGAAACAGACAGCAGGGAACUAUCCAGCUCCUUUGCGAAUUCUAGAAACAGUGCGUACUGGUAUCGUAAACGGACCAUCUGAAGGAUACAAGUACGAGUCACAGUGCUUUGGUGAACUUAUGCAUUCAUACCAGUCGAAGGCUCUUAUUGGGCUGUUCAACGGCUCUACUGAAUGUAAGAAGAAUAAAUACGGUGAGGGAAAGCCUGUUAAUGAAGUUGCUGUGGUUGGUGCAGGUCUUAUGGGAGCUGGUAUUGCCAACGUUACAAUAGAUAAAGGUCUUAAAUGUGUUCUACUAGAUAUGAAUGAUAAGGGUCUUGAGCGUGGAAAAAACCAAAUUAUUACUCAACUUAAUGAUCAAGUAAAACGGAAGAAGAUUAGUAAGUUGGAGAAGGAGAGGAUGGUAUCAAACUUGGUUGCUUCUUGUGACUAUUCAUCGAUGAAGAACGCGGACAUUGUUAUUGAAGCAGUGUUUGAAGAUUUAGCACUGAAACACAAAGUAGUGAAACAAAUCGAAGGUAUCGUAAGUUCGAAUACCAUUAUCGCCUCAAAUACGUCAGCUCUACCUAUCAAAGAAAUUUCAAAGGCGUCUUCUCGUCCGGACAAGAUUAUUGGGAUGCAUUAUUUCUCACCUGUUGAAAAAAUGCAGCUUUUGGAAAUCAUCGUUCAUGAUGGAACAUCGAAAGAGACCUUAGCGACAGCAGCUCAGCUCGGAUUGAAGCAAGGAAAACUUGUUGUCGUUGUUAAGGAUUGUCCAGGCUUCUUUGUUGUGCGCUGCUUGGGUCCAAUGAUGUCCGAAGUUAUUCGUUUGUUGCAAGAAGGUGUAACACCACCUGAACUGGAUAAACUCACGAAGCAGUUUGGCUUUCCGGUUGGAGCAGCUACACUAUCUGAUGAGGUUGGACUAGACGUUUCCGAACACGUAGCUCAUUUUUUGGGUCAAGCGCUGGGUCCACGUGUACGUGGCGGUUCUGCAGAUCUGUUGUCUGAUAUGGUGAAAGCUGGAUUCAGAGGCAAAAAAUCCGAAAAGGGAAUUUACGUUUACCAAAGUAAGGGUAAAAAGAAGGUGAAUGAAGAGGCAACGAAGAUUCUUCAAAAUUAUAGGCUGAAAAUGCCGGAAAAUUGCUCGUCAUUGGAAGACCAACAGUUACGGCUCGUUUCGCGUUUCGUCAACGAGGCUUUGUUGUGUCUUCAAGAAGGAGUCAUUGCGAGCCCGGGUGAUGGCGACAUUGCUUCGGUAUUUGGUAUCGGUUUUCCUCCAUUCUGGGGUGGUCCAUUCCGUUUCCUUGAUUUAUAUGGCGCAGAGAAGCUUGUUGCGGCGAUGAACAAAUUUGCAACGGCUUACACAUCAGAACAGUUCACUCCUUGUCAACUUCUUCUGGAUCAUGCAAAGAGUGGAAAAAAAUUCUAUUAG